AUGCAUAAUAUCUCAACCAACCCUGAAUUGACAUGCCGGGUAAGUCAACCUAUCUAUCUAUCUAUCUAUCUAUCUAUCUAUCUAUCUAUCUAUCUAUCACAUUAUAUUCAUUAUCUAUCUAUCUAUCUAUCUAUUAUGUUCAUAUGUACCUAUAUCUAUCUAUCUAUCUAUCUAUCUAUCUAUCUAUCUAUCUAUCUAUCUAUCUAUCUAUCACAUUAUCUAUCUAUUAUGUUCAUAUCUACCUAUAUCUAUGUUCAUAUCUAUCUAUCUAUCUAUCUAUCUAUCUAUCUAUCUAUCUAUCUAUCAUGUUCAUCUCUAUCUAUCCAUAUUCAUAUCUAUCCAUAUUCAUAUCUAUCAUGUUCAUAUCUAUCUAUCUAUCUAUCUAUCUAUCUAUCUAUCUAUCACAUUAUAUUCAUUAUCUAUCUAUCUAUCUAUCUAUUAUGUUCAUAUGUACCUAUAUCUAUCUAUCUAUCUAUCUAUCUAUCUAUCUAUCUAUCUAUCUAUCUAUCACAUUAUCUAUCUAUUAUGUUCAUAUCUACCUAUAUCUAUGUUCAUAUCUAUCUAUCUAUCUAUCUAUCUAUCUAUCUAUCUAUCUAUCUAUCUAUCUAUCUAUCUAUCAUGUUCAUCUCUAUCUAUCCAUAUUCAUAUCUAUCCAUAUUCAUAUCUAUCAUGUUCAUAUCUAUCUAUCUAUCUAUCUAUCUAUCUAUCUAUCUAUCUAUCUAUCUAUCUAUGUAUCAUGCUCAUAUCUAUCUAUGUUCAUAUCUAUCUAUAAUGUUCAUAUCUAUCUAUCUAUCUAAUGUUCAUAUCUAUGUUCAUAUCUAUCUAUUAUGUUCAUAUCUACCGCUAUCUAUGUUCAUAUCUAUCCAUCAUGUUCAUAUCUAUCUAUGUAUCUAUAUUCAUAUCUGUCUACUAUGUUCAUAUCUAUCUCUCUAUCUAUGUUCAUAG